GGACAGUUAAUUGGGCCUUUAAAGUCCACUAGCCCAUAUUAUUUCAGCCCACAUCCGAAAUAUAGCAGACAGGCAAGUCUAGUACAUUGCCUUUCUUUAGGGUUCCUGAGUUUCAGCAUUGCCUGUAGACAAACACACCAUGGCAAGAAUCAAAGUUCACGAACUGAGACAAAAGUCCAAGACUGAGCUUUUAGCUCAGCUAAAGGACCUAAAAGCAGAACUUGCUCUUCUCCGUGUUGCUAAAGUCACUGGUGGUGCACCAAACAAGCUCUCAAAGAUAAAGGUAGUGAGGUUGUCAAUAGCUCAGGUGUUGACGGUUAUAUCGCAGAAGCAGAAGUCGGCACUGAGGGAAGCGUAUAAGAAUAAAAAGUAUUUGCCUCUUGAUCUUCGUCCUAAGAAAACUAGAGCUAUUCGUAAACGUCUUACUAAGCACCAGGCAUCUUUGAGGACAGAAAGAGAGAAGAAGAAAGAAAUGUACUUUCCACUUAGAAAGUAUGCCAUUAAAGUUUGAAUUCAUCCAACUUAGUUACUGUGGUAUUAGCACUUCCCAAGCAGAACAAUGGAUCUAUGUAAACUGAUUUGUUUUACUUCAUAAAACAGUGCGUUAUGAAGCCUAAACUUUGUUUAUUC